AUGGUUCAAAUCGAUGCAGGUCACUUUUUACGCGAUGCCUCUGUCGAACUCUCUGAGGCCCUUGCCAAACCUGUCUCGUACAAGCUGAUGUACUUUCCCAUGCUCUCCAACGGUGCUACUGGACGUGAUCUUCUGGCCUAUGGAGACGUCGAAUGGUCUGCUGUUGCUCCCGCUGAUUGGAGGGCUGAAAAGGAUCAGACCCCUUUCCACCUCAUGCCCCUCCUUUUCGUUACUGGCGAGAACGGCAAGACGGCAACGCUCGCAGAGACGGUUGUCAUUGAACACUACCUCGCUAAGAGGUUCGGUCUCUUGGGUUCAAACGAGUACGAAGAGAGUAUCAUCAAGAGUCUCCACUCUUCCAGCGCCGCGGUCCAGAAUGCCUUUGCUGGUGCUGUCACCUGGAAUGCCCCUGAGGCCAAGGCUGGCGGAUUGGGGUUCUUUACUACUGCCACCCUCCCUACUUGGAUUGCGACCCAUGAAAGACAUUUGAACGAUAAUGGCAACAACGGCCAUUACCUCGGCGACAAACUCUCUUUGGCCGAUAUCCGCACCGCGAAUGCAAUUGAGCACUUUGCGACCCAGCCAGAAUCCGCAACCCUGAUGGCGAUCGUCAACAAGUCUGUCCCCUUGAUCAAACUCUGCGACACGGUUGCCAAGCACCCCAAGAUGGCUCAAUGGAGAUCUGGGGCCGAGUACAAGGGAUAUUAUGAGGGCAAUGUUGCCUUCUUUGCCAAUCCCUAUGCCUUCAUGUCUUAA